AUGUUGCAUGAAGCAAGAGACAGGCAGAAGUUCGUCAGUGAUGUUCAGUAUCUGCGGGACAUGCAGCACAAGGUGGACUCUGAAUAUCAGGCUUGUUUGAAACGACAAGAAUACAAAAAAGACCCAAAUGAGAAGAAACAAGAUCAGCCAUGGGGGAAAGACACGAGUGACAGAUCCCGGUUUUCAAGCGGGUCAUCGUCCAAGCAGAGUUCCAGUGAGGAGGAUUGUCUAAGUGAACCCAGAUCAUCUACCAAACUACCUACGGCUAAGUGCGAGCCCAGACUUCCAGCCAUCGACCAAAUUUCAGUCAAGCAGAAACACAAAAGUACCAUGACUCCAAAGAAGCCAGAGAAAGCGAGCCCCAGCAAACCCUCCCCAGGUGACAGCAGCGAGCACCCCCUGUUCUGUGUUGAAUAUUCCCCUUACUGCUCCGUAUUUGCUUUCUCCCCCGUCCUGCAGCCCAAUGCCAGCUACUGCUGCCUCCUCCUGCCGCUAGUUCCGCCUGUCUCCCAAGGGGCCCAGGGCCCUUCUCCUGCCCUCCCACCUGCCGUCUUCCCCACCUUUACCAGCCUGCCAUCAGCCUCGCCGAGCCCCUUGCCUGGGUCUCCGGCAUCCCUCUGCUAUUUCCCGGUCUCCCAACCGACUCCAGCUGAGACCCCUGUGCUGUGCCUACCGGGCCCCAGAAGGCCCAGUAAAAUUUACCUCAUGUGGUAA